AUGGAGAUGAUGAUGAAGAAGGAUGCCGAGACGCAGCAAACAUUUAAAAAUCAUGCUGCCACAAUUCAUAACCUUGAGGUGCAGAAUCAGCAGAUGGCUAAAGCACUGCAAAGCAGAAGUCAGGGGGGUUUACCAUCCACUACUGAGGAAAACCCAAGAGAGCAUCUCAAGGCUAUUGAGUUGAGAAGUAGGAAAGCACCGGAUGAUCCAUAUGCAGGACGUGCUACAGUUGAGGCGGAAAAGGAACAGUGUGAGGGUGGCGAGCCUAAAAAGGUAGUUGCUAAACCACCUCCACCACCUCCUUUUGUGCCAAAGGUGCCAUUCCCACACAGAGUGAAGAAGCCGCAGGACACUUGGAAGUUUCACAAAUUUCUUGAAACUUUCAAGAAGCUACAGAUUAACAUCAGUCUGGCAGACGCAUUGAGAGAGAUGUCGCACUAUGCAAAGUUUCUCAAGGAGAUCAUCACCAACAAGCGGAGUUGGGAUGCGGAGGGACCAAUACCGAUGACAGAAAACUGCAGCUCAAUCAUAUUGAGCAGUCUACCGACCAAGCUUAAGGAUCCAGGGAGUUUCACUAUCCCUUGUACUAUCGGUAACAUGCAAUCUGUCAAUUGCCUUUGCGAUUUAGAUGCUAGUAUUAAUUUGAUGCACUUAUCCCUUUUUCGUAGUAUGUUUGGUGAUCAAGAGGUACAAGCCACGCCGAUGAUGUUGCAGCUAGCGGAUCACUCUCUGAAAAAGCCACAUGGGAUUGUGGAGGAUGUCCUAGUGAAGGUCAACAAAUUCAUAUUCCCUGUGGAUUUUGUUGUCCUUGACUACGCAGCGGACAAGGAGUGCCCGAUGAUAUUGGGGCGACCAUUUAUGAACACUGGCAGAGCUCUUAACGAUGUUCAUGAUGGCAAGCUGACUCUGAGAAUUGGGGAUGAGAGCGUUGAGUUUGACAUGAGAAAGAUCACACGCCAUCCCAAUUCUGGAGGUGAAUGUAUGCGGGUAGACAUGGUGGAUGAGUUAGUAGAAGAACAACUAGCAGAAAACAAUGCCAUCAUGCAGUCUAUGCCGAAUAAAGAGGAAGAUGCUGAAAGGGAGGAGUACUUAGAGGAACCAGUCCUCGAACCACUGUUGAAGAGCAAGCACAUCACUCCUCCCUCUUCAGAGAAGCCACCAAAAGUGGAGCUCAAGACUUUGCCUGCACACUUGCGAUAUGCUUUCUUGGGAGCUGAUGGCACCUUGCCUAUUAUCAUCAGCAACAAGCUCACCAAGAAGCAAGAGCAGAGGGUCAUUGAUGUAGUCAAAGGACGUAUCUUGGCUAUUGGGUGGCAGAUUUUAGAUAUCAGAGGGAUCAGCCCUUUAGUAGUGAUGCAUAAGAUUCAUUUAGAGGAUGAGUCUAAGGCAUCUGCGCAGAGACAGAUACAGCUGAACCCUAACAUGAAGGAGGUAGUUCACAAGGAGAUUGUGAAGCUACUUGAUGCGGGCAUCAUCUAUCCCAUUUCAGAUAGUUCAUGGGUGAGCCCAAUUCAGUGUUUGCCUAAGAAAGGCGGGAUGACAGUCGUAGAGAACGACAAGGGAGAGCAGAUUUCUACUCGCACAGUUACUGGGUGGCGAGUGUGCAUUGAUUACAGGAAGCUGAACGCAGAAACUCGGAAGGAUCACUUCCCGCUUCCUUUUAUAGAUCAGAUGCUAGAGCGGGUGGCAGGACACGCAUUUUACUGUUUUCUAGAUGGUUACUCUGGAUACAAUCAGAUCAUUAUCUUCCCAGAGGACCAAGAGAAGACUACCUUUACUUUCCCAUAUGGCACUUUCGCCUACCGCCGCAUGCCAUUCGGUCUUUGCAAUGCACCUGCUACGUUUUAG